UGUGUGCGCGUGUGUGUGUGUGACAGACAAAAUGUGUGUGUGAGAGAGUCUGAGCUCUUUCCCCUCAGAUGAUCCUCGGCAGCACAGAGCUGGGCUAGCGACCCCCUCCUGAGCCUUAGAGCCAGGCCAACUGGACAACAACAUUAGCAACUCACGAGGAGGCUACCCCUCCAAUCUCUCUCUCUCUCUCUCUCUCUCUGUCUCGCUCUCUCUCUUUCUGAAGAGACACACUCGUUCUUCUUUUCAAAGGAGGAAAGUACAGAGGCUGCCUCCAACAGCCCCUGAAAAGUGUCCUGCAGCCUCGGCUGAGGAGAAGAGACUCCACACGCGUGUGUGUGUGAGUGUGUGUUUUUCUCCAGGUGCGACGCGUGUGUGAGAGGCCCGGAGCGAGGAGCGAGUGUGUGAGUAGUGUGUGUGUGUAGCCUGCUCAGCACCACCACCAUGACUCUGAAUAUGAAACUGCUGAAGCCCCAGGCCAUGGUUGCCCCCGAGUCCACGGGCGGCAACACCACCAGCAUCAUGACGGCGUCCCCGGCCCCCGUCAUCUCCACCUCCGCCGGCAACUCCAGCGAGUCCGAGGGCACCGUCAACAAGAACGACGUCUUCGAGGAGAUCAAGAGCAAGUUCCUCAACGAGAUCGACAAAAUCCCACUGCCACCCUGGGCGAUCAUCGCCAUCGCCGUGGUAGCGGGCCUGCUAGUCCUCACCUGCUGCUUCUGCAUCAUCAAGAAGUGCUGCUGCAAGAAGAAGAAGAACAAGAAGGGCAAGAAGGGCAAGGACGGCUUCAACAUGAAGAACAUGCAGGGAGAUAAACAUCAGGAUGACGACGACGACGAAGGCGAGACGGGCCUGACCGAGGAAGAGAAGGAGGAAGAGGAGAAAGAGGUCGAGAUGCUCGGAAAACUGCAGUACUCGCUGGCCUACGACUUCACGGACAAUAAGUUGAGCGUGGGCAUCCUUCAGUGUGCCGACCUGGUUUCCAUGGAUUCAGGUGGCACCUCCGACCCCUACGUAAAGGUCUUCAUUCUUCCUGACAAGAAGAAGAAAUUUGACACAAAGGUGCAGAAGAAGAACCUGAAUCCAGUGUUCAACGAGACCUUCGUCUUCAAGAUGCCCUACGAGGAGCUUGGCGGGAAGACGCUAGUCAUGUCCGUGUACGACUACGACCGCUUCUCCAAGCACGACAUCAUCGGGGAGGUGAAGAUCGACUUCAAAUCCAUUGACCUCGGAAAACCCAUUGAGGAGUGGAAGGAGUUGGACAGCGUGGAGAAAGAGGAGCCGGAGAAGCUGGGAGACAUCUGCAUCUCCCUGCGCUACGUGCCCACAGCCGGCAAACUCACCGUCAACGUCCUGGAGGCCAAGAACCUCAAGAAGAUGGACGUCGGUGGACUUUCCGAUCCUUAUGUGAAGAUCCAGCUGCUUCAGAACGGCAAGAAGAUCAAGAAGAAGAAGACCACGGUGAAGAAGAACACCCUGAACCCCUACUACAACGAGUCCUUCAGCUUUGAGAUCCCUCUGGAACAGAUGCAGAAAAUCCUGGUAGUGGUCACCGUCUUUGACUACGACAAGAUCGGCUCCAACGACGCCAUCGGGAAGCUGUUCAUCGGUAGCAAGGCGCAGGGCACCGAGAUGAAGCACUGGGCUGACAUGCUGGCCAACCCCCGCCGACCCAUCGCCCAGUGGCAUCCGCUCCGUCCAGAGGAGGAUGUGGACGGAGCCCUGGCCUCUCUCUUUGCCAAGAAGUAAUGCCAUGGAGACCAGCUGACACCAUGGAAACCAACCAACUAACCAACCAACCAACCAACCAACCAACCAACCAACCAACCCACAAACCGACUAACCAACCCUCCCCCCUCCUCCUCCUUCUAAUCUUCGUCCUCUUCCUCAUCGUACUCCUCAGUCCACUGCAUGAGU